CUUACUCAGUCGCGUGUGAGUUGAUGACAGUUCUGUUGUGAUGCCUCUGAUUGUCAUGAGCGGUUUUCCCUGCAGUGGGAAAACGCGACGAGCUAAAGAGCUGAAGGAUUAUUUUGAACAGAGCUCCAAACUAAAGGUUCACAUUGUAGGAGAUGAAGCUCUGGGUGUGGAUAAAAACAGUGUUUACGGAGAUUCCCAAAAAGAGAAAAAUGUGAGAGCAUCUCUGAAAGCUGAGGUAGAGAGGAAAGUCAACAAGGAUGACAUUGUUAUUCUGGAUUCAUUAAAUUACAUUAAAGGAUACCGUUACGAACUCUUCUGUCUCAUCAAACAUACACAGACACCACUCUGUCUGGUAUACUGUUUGACUUCACAUGAAGAGAGCUCGUUGUGGAACACCAGUAGAGAAGCUGCUGAACAGUACACCCAAGACAUCUUUGACGCGUUAGUUCUUAGAUUUGAAUCUCCAGACUCCAGGAACAGAUGGGACAGUCCACUCUUCACUGUCCUGAAAGACGACACGCUCCCGCUUGAAGCCAUUUCUGACGCACUUUUCAAAAGAAAAGCACCACCACCGAACCAGUCCACUCAGAGCCAACCACUGUCAUCUGCAAACUUCCUGUACGAGUUGGACAAGAUCACACAAGAUGUCUUGAUGGCGAUUUUCAACGCACAGAAGACGAGCGUUCCUGGGGAUCUCAUUUCUGUCCCAGGAGCGACAGAAAAGAUUGAGCUGACCAGAGGCAUCAACAUGGCAGAGCUGCGGAAACUGCGGCGCCAGUUCAUCAGCUAUACAAAGAUGCACCCAACGGAAAACACAGGACAGAUUUCCAACAUGUUUGUACAAUAUUUAAAUAAGAGCCUUCACUAAUUUAAAUUUUUUUGUUACAAAUAAAAUAUUUGAAUAUUU